AUGCAUACCCACGGCCGGGCAAGUACUCGAAAACAGUCUUUUGGAACCGUCAUGGCCUAUAUUGGAACGCUGUUUGCGGUACUCGCGUUGCUGACUACACCUGUCUUUGCGCAGACCUUCCGGAGAACUGGUGCCUGUCCUCAGCUCGGCUGUGUCUGGCCCCCUGAUCAGACUGAUUUCAUUGCUGGUCAGACUUUCGACAUCCGUGUGGAAGUGCAAGCUCCUGUCAACGGGUCUGAGGCUUACAACAAUGGUGUCCCUGCUCCCGACUUCACCGUCAAGAUCGGUGGCAAAGGCGCUGAACUGAUUGACGUCUCCCAGUUCUUUGGCAUUGCGGAUCCAGAAGUCGAUAAACACAACUUCACUUAUUACGAAGACCUGUUUGCCGAGGAAGAGGAAGCCGUCACGCCCGUCAAUGUUCUAUCGAAAUCCUACCGGAACAUCCAGCUUCACAACCCCGGGCAGUAUGAUGUCGAGUUUUGCUACAACAAUGGUAUGAUUACCAAAGCCUCCUGGGAAGUGCUCCCUCUUGCUCAGGAGAAGAAGGCCAAGAACGUCAUCUUCUUCGUUGGUGAUGGCAUGGCCGGGUCCAUGUUGUCCGCCGCGAGGCUUUUGGGACAUAAGACGAUCAACGGCAAAUAUCAGACUAAGCUCAAGCUGGACGAGGCUCCGGGUUACGGAGCUCAGAUGACUCAUUCCAUCGAUUCCUUCAUCACCGACUCUGCCAACUCUGCUUCUGCUCUUUUCUCGGGCAAGAAAAUGACCGUCAACGGUCUCAACGCUUACACUGACUCGACCGGAAAGCCUUACGGUGACCCCAAAGUUGAAACAAUUUUUGAAAUGUUCCGAAGACAAACGGGAGGCCAAGUGGGCAUCGUUUCCAAAGCCUACAUUGCUGAUGCAACUCCCGCCGCUGUUGUUACACACACUUCCCAGAGAUCUCAAUACACUUCCAUCGUCGAACAGUAUCUCAACGGUGUUUCCGGCAAUUAUUCUUGGUAUCCUUGGGAAGGCGUGGAUCUCCUCUUCGGCGGCGGUGGUGAAAACUUCCUCCCUAGUCCAGGUAACGGCAACGUCUCCCAGUUCGAGCGAUGGGCUUCCCACGGCUACCAGGUGGGCUACAACAAGACGGCCCUCGAGGCUUUUGACAACGCCCAACGUGCUCUUGCCAUCUUCACCCAAGGCAACAUCUCUACGUGGCUUGAUCAGAACGUGUACACCGAUCUUUUGGACUUGGCUGUCACGCCUCAGGGCGAGCGCGGCGCCCACGAUCAACCCGGCCUCAAAGACAUGACUCUCAAAGCUAUUGACAUUCUUCACACCCGAUCCAAAGAGAGAGACACCGGCUUCAUGCUCAUGUCUGAAGCUGCCCUCAUCGACAAAGAAAUGCAUGUCCUCGACAUUGAUCGAGCUCUGGGUGAGGUUCUGGAGCUCGACGAUACUGUCCGAGCUGUUCUUGAGCAUCUCGAAAAGAUCGGGGAGCUUGAAGACACUUUGGUCGUCAUCACCGCUGACCAUGGUCACGGCUUCGAUGUGUUUGGUUCUGCUGAUACGAAAUACCUCAAAGCUCAGGACUCUGACCGAGCCAAGCGGAACGCGAUUGGGACCUACGGCAGUUCUGGUCUCUCGGCUUACCAAGUCCCAGAUGGCGUCCAGCCCGGCAACCAUUCCGUUUUCACUGGUCCUCAAGGCGCCGGAUUUCCUGUUACUUGGGAUCCUCGAUAUACCAUUGCACACGGAUGGACUGGUACACCCGACCACCGAGAGGAAUACGAAGUCCACACCGAGCACGAACGUCUUCCUGCUGUCAAGAACACGACCGGUUACUUUUUCAACCCCGAGGACAAUGAUCGAGGCUUUACCAUGACCGGAAAUCUGGGCGUUAGUGAAGGCCAGGGUGUGCAUUCCUUGGUGGACGUCCCUGUCUAUGCCUUUGGCCCUGGGCACGAGUAUUUCCGAGGUGUCAUGAACAGCCCCGACUUGGCGUUCAAAGUCGCCUUAGCUCUUGACUUGGGAAAGGCUUCCAAUGUCACCGCUCCGUACAAGAAGUAG